GUCUGCGCGCGUCUGCGGCGCAGCGUUACAGCAAUGGUUGCCCCCUUUUGUUCAAGCGAGUUUCUGAAUUAUUCCCAACACAAUGAAUCGAUCUGGGUCUCAUAUUGUUUCAUAAAAAAAAGCAUUCCACUGUACCUGCGCUUCCCGUGAGCUCGCCUGGGACUAACCAAUGAAUUAAAAUCGAUCUGCGACCCUUCGGAUGAGGCGUGAGGUUUCCGAAGCGCAGACUCGAGGAACGUGGAGUAAUGUGAUCUUGAACAGCAUCUGUCCCAGCGGUGGCUGUUGGCACGAUGGGGCUGGACUUUGAUGUAAAGACAUUCUGUCACAAUCUGCGGGCCACCAAGCCCCCGUACGAGUGUCCGGUGGAGACUUGCCGCAAGGUUUACAAGAGCUACAGUGGCAUUGAGUAUCACCUGUAUCACUAUGACCACGACAACCCAACUCCUGCACAGGCUGUGCCACAGAAGAAGAGGAAGGGACGGCCUCCUCGUGCGUCUCUGGCCGGGUCAGGAGAUACAGAUGAUGGUGGCGGUAACGGCGGUGGAGGACCGGGGCACGGGGGGAACACCCCUGGUAGCCCCAACCGGUCGGAGCGCUCUCACUCUCCGGGCAGAGAGACGAUGACCUACGCCCAGGCACAGCGCAUGGUAGAGCUGGACAUUCAAGGACGCAUUCACCGCAUAAGCAUUUUUGAGAACAUUGAUGUGGUUUCAGAGGAAGACAGUGAUGCAGACGAUGCUCCACCAUCUGGUACUGGAGGCGGUGGUGGAGGUGUGUGUAAUGGUAGUGACGGUGGAAACGGGGGUAGCGAGCUAGGAGGGGGUGGCAAGGACCGGCCAGACAUCCCAUCUUCCAAUGGGGGCAAAGCCACCCCCAAGUCUGGGAAGCAUAAGAGUAAAGAGAAGAAGAAGGACAGCUCAUCCCACCAUCACAGCGCUCAGUCGGGGCCUGCAGUCAAGCUCCCGGAGGCGGUGUUCAGAGAGCUGGACCAAGAAAGACCUGAGGCCCCUCUCCGGCCGUCAUCUUACUACAGGUACAUUGAUAAGUCUGUGGAGGAGCUGGAUGAGGAGGUGGAGUAUGACAUCGAUGAGGAGGACUACAUCUGGCUUGGCAUCAUGAAUGACAAGCGGCGGCGAGACGGCGUGACACCCAUUCCUCAGGAGGUCUUUGAGUAUCUCAUGGACCGCUUGGAGAAGGAGUCCUACUUUGAGAGCCACAACAAGGCGGACCCCAGUACCCUAAUCGACGAAGAUGCCGUCUGCUGCAUCUGUAAUGAUGGGGAGUGUCAGAACAGCAAUGUGAUCCUGUUCUGUGACAUGUGUAACCUAGCCGUCCACCAAGAGUGCUAUGGCGUGCCAUACAUCCCAGAGGGCCAGUGGUUAUGUCGUCGCUGCCUGCAGUCUCCCAGUCGGGCUGUGGACUGUGCUCUCUGUCCCAACAAGGGAGGAGCUUUCAAACAGACGGACGAUGCACGCUGGGCACACGUAGUGUGUGCCCUCUGGAUCCCAGAGGUCUGCUUUGCCAACACGGUCUUUCUGGAGCCGAUUGAUAGCAUUGAGCACAUCCCUCCCGCUCGCUGGAAACUCACCUGCUACAUCUGCAAGCAGCGCGGUUCGGGCGCCUGCAUCCAGUGUCACAAAGCCAACUGUUACACAGCCUUCCACGUCACCUGUGCCCAGCAGGCGGGCCUCUAUAUGAAAAUGGAGCCCGUCAGAGAGACUGGGGCCAACGGCACCUCUUUCAGUGUCCGGAAGACGGCUUAUUGUGACAUCCACACACCGCCGGGAUCCGCCCGGCCUUUGGCAGGAGUAGGCGGGGCCAGCAUGGGAUCGUCUCACAGCGAGGGAGAGCUGGAGGAGGACGACGAGCCCAGCAUCGGUCACGACGACGAUUCCAAGGGCUGGAGCUCUGAGCGAGCCAAGAGGGCGAAGGCAAAAUCCAGGCUGAAGAUGAAGAGAGCCAGGAAGAUUUUAGCUGAGAGGAGAGCUGCUGCGCCAGUGGUGUCUGUGCCCUGCAUACCUCCACACAGGCUCAGCAAAAUCACUAGUAAUCUGACGGUACCCAGGAAGGGCCAGUUCAUGCAGAGACUUCACAGCUACUGGACCCUGAAGAGGCAAAGUCGCAAUGGUGUUCCUCUGCUGCGCCGACUCCAAACCCACCUGCAGUCACAACGACACAUUGACCCACUCCCACCACCACCUUCAGCACAGCUUCCUCCAGUGUUGCAGAGGGACAGCGAUGAGAAACCGAGUGAUUUGAAGGAGCAGCUUAAGGCGUGGCAGAGACUAAGGCAUGACCUAGAGAGAGCCAGGCUACUGGUGGAGCUCAUCCGCAAGAGGGAAAAACUCAAGAGGGAGACGAUUAAAGUGCAGCAGUUGGCACUGGAGAUGCAGCUGACGCCUUUCCUGGUGCUGCUGAGGAGCACGUUGGAACAGUUACAAGAAAGAGACAUCAACAACUUUUUCACUGAGCCUGUACCACUGGCAGAGGUGCCAGACUACCUGGACCACAUUGACACUCCAAUGGAUUUCCAGACCAUGUGGAACCUGCUGGAGUCCCAUCGCUACCUCACCUUUGAGGCCUUUGAGGCCGACUUUGGCCUCAUUGUCAACAACUGCCUAAAGUACAAUGCCAAGGACACCGUCUUUUACCGUGCUGCCCUGCGGCUCAGAGAGAUGGGCGGGGCGGUCAUAAGAACAGCACGGCGCCACGCUGAACGGAUCGGCUUCGACUACGAGACUGGCAUGCACCUCCACCGAGAGCUGAGUCCUGAGAGUCAGCGCGACCAAGAGAGAGACCGAGACCGAGAGCGAGAGAGGGAGAGGGAGAGGGAGAGGGAGCGGGAGCGGGAGCGAGACAGGGUUAGAGAAAGAGAGCAGCCGUUGUCUUCUAAUGAAGAAGACCUGCUCCUGCCAGAGAACCGGCGGCGGCUCCCACUGGAGGAGCAGCUGCAUUACUUGCAGGUGCGUCUGGAUGAGGUCAGCUCGGGGAAGCACAGCAUCGGCCAGUCACGUAGAGCCAAAGCUCUGAGAAAAGAGAUCAGCGUCAUCAAGAGGAAGCUCGCACACCAGCGGGACGGAGGCUCCGGCUUAGGGGGCCGGGAGUCAGUUGGAGGAGGAGACCGUGGUUCCUCCCUCCCCCAUCACCCGUGCUCCUCAGGCCACCUUGAUGAGGGGGGAGAAAGCAGCAGCCAGGAGAUUGGUGGAAAAGAUCUCAGUGUUUCCUCGUCUGCCCUGGCUCCAGAAGUGGGCCGUCGGACGUCUGUGCUCUUCUCCAAGAAGAACCAAAAAAUGACUGGACCUCCUAAAAGGCCAGGGCGCCCUCCCAAGAACAGAGACGCUGGCUACCCUGGGGCAGGGGUGAGCCAGAGCCCCAUUGGUCCCCCACAUCUACCGCUGCUGUCACAAACAAGGCAGAGGAAAAGACCUCGCAGCCCCCACAGCAGCUCCACCUCCGACAGUGACAGUGACAACGACGACCUGCUGCCAGGUUUGCCAAGUAACGGUUUUGAUGGGGGAAACCAGCCGGUAACCGAGAGCUUCCGGGUUUACAGAAGUGAGUCUCGUCUCCCUCGUUCCAGCUCCGACUCCGAGUCCACGACCAGCAGCAGCAGCAGUGCCGCCUCUGACAGGACCAGUACAACCCCCUCGAAACAGGGCAGAGGGAAGGCAUCGUUCUCUCGCUCUGCCUUCCAGGAGGACAGCAGCGAGGAAACGUCAGGCACAGAGAAUGAUUCCUACUCAAUUGGAGGAUCGCGGAGCGUCUCACACUUGGUGCGAAGUCGGUCCAGGUCCGGAUGCUGGAUGACCUCUGAUGACUACACCUCCCUCGAAGCGCUGGACUUGGUGUGGGCCAAGUGCAGAGGUUAUCCUUCGUAUCCUGCUCUGAUAAUUGACCCGAAGAUGCCCAGGGAGGGGGUGUUCCACCGUGGUGUCCCAAUCCCUGUCCCCCCUUUGGAUGUGCUGAAGCUUGGGGAGCAAAUGACCCAGGAAGCGAGGGAACACCUCUUCCUGGUUCUCUUCUUUGACAACAAGAGAACCUGGCAGUGGCUGCCGCGCUCCAAACUGGUGCCGCUCGGAGUCGACCAGGAGCUGGACAAGGAGAAAAUGCUGGAGGGCCGGAAGUCCAACAUACGCAAGUCGGUGCAGGUGGCGUACCACCGCGCCAUGCAGCACCGCAGCAAGGUGCAGGGAGACCCCAGCAGCGAAACCAGCGACAGUGACUGAACGCACACACACACACACACACUCACACACACACACACACACACACACACACACGCACUUCAACGUGUCGGUCCAUGCAGGUGUUGUGGAGUAUCUUUCUCUACAGAGAGCCCAGCCCUACAUCACCACACGAGGACUAGUGCCAGCUGCACCGGGUGGAAAAAGGUGUCCACCACAUUGGCCCCGAGACGCGCACACUCAUGCACACUAAGCCGUAUUUAAUCUGACAUGUAAAAUAUUGUAAUUAAGAGAAUUGAGAGGGAAAAAAAAUAAUAGUAUUGAUUGAUGGUAAAAAUAUGCUAUGUUCAGAAUCAUGAAUCAGAAUAUUCCUUGUAUGUGGUCAAUAUAUAUGUUUAAUAAGUUUACAGACUGAAAAAAAACAUGAACAUAGUGUUACACUAUGACGUAUUGUACACAAAACUCUGCCUUCCCCAGUCAUUCCUACACAUCCAUCACUCACACGAGCCAUUUUACACGUGGACGGGGAAAUGCAUGUAGUGUACAUGACGUGCACACACUGCGGGUGUCACGGCUGUGAGUGCCGUCACUCAGGCACAUUUUCACACUCAUCACUGAAUUACAAACACACAAAACGAAACAACAGGCCUGGCGCUGGUGCCGUUUGUCAGUGGAGCACAAAGAGACUGUUGCAGCCUUGAACCGAGGCCGAAACCAACGUUAAUGUUAUUUAUUCUGUUACUCCUGAACAGGGUCCACAGGUUCGUUCCAUCAUGGACUACUUCUAAUCACUCCGACCACGCAGGACUCCGCUGUGUGGAAUCUUUUUCGUUUGUCACUCUGCGAUGAACAGGUUUCCUGUUUUUACAGUUUUUCUUAACGUUCGUCCGUGUUGCACAGGCCGCUGGUCCCAGAAUAACCAGGACUAAACUGAAACACACGACCGCCCCCACAGUCUGUCUUAGUCUCAGGCUGGUGGCUUUAGAACUUUUAUAUAUACAGAUUACACAGAGAUAGAAGUUUAAUAAAAAGAACUGAGUUUUUUUAAA